CAUCAACUCAACCUCUGCAUCUCCAACUCUCCAUCAGUCUCGCCAUCGCAUCGUCCUCUACUCGCUACAGCUUCACCUUCAAUCCUCGCCAUCAUGAAGUCGUUUCUCGGCUUGACGCUGCCGCUGCUGGCGGCGGCAUCGCCUGUCAUGGUCGAAUCCAUCCACAACGACGCAGCGCCCGUCGUCUCCGCCUCCAACGCAAAGGAGAUCCCCGACAGCUACAUGAUCAAGUUCAAGAGCCAUGUCAACACCAACCUGGCCGCUCAGCACCACGACUGGGUUCAGGACCUCCACCUGUCAACUCAGAAGAUGAAGAUGGACCUCAAGAAGCGUUCGCAGACACCCAUGGUCGACGACAUCUUCCACGGCUUGAAGCACACAUACAACAUUGCGGGCUCGCUCAUGGGAUACUCCGGUCACUUUGACGAGGAUACCAUUGAGCAGAUCCGCCGACACCCAGAUGUCGAGCUUAUCGAGAAGGAUCAAGAGGUCCACACCCUCGGCCACGAUGAUUACGAGACGGAGAAGAACGCCCCGUGGGGUCUAGCUCGCAUCUCGCACCGAGACAGCUUAUCAUUCGGUACCUUCAACAAGUACCUCUACACCGCCGAUGGUGGUGAGGGAGUUGAUGUCUAUGUCAUCGACACUGGCACCAACGUUGACCACGUCGACUUCGAGGGCCGCGCCAAGUGGGGCAAGACCAUUCCUCAAGGUGACGAGGACGAGGAUGGCAACGGACACGGCACUCACUGCUCCGGCACAGUCGCUGGCAAGAAGUACGGUGUGGCCAAGAAGGCUCACGUCAAGGCCGUCAAGGUCCUGCGCUCCAACGGUUCGGGCUCCAUGUCUGAUGUCGUCAAGGGUGUCGAGUACGCCGCCACUUCCCACUCUGAGCAGGUCUCCGUUGCGAAGAAGGGCAAGAGAAAGGGCUUCAAGGGCUCUGCUGCCAACAUGUCUCUUGGUGGUGGCAAGUCCGCUCUCCUUGACCAGGCCGUCAACGCUGCGGUCGACGCCGGUAUCCACUUUGCCGUCGCUGCUGGCAAUGACAACGCUGACUCCUGCAACUACUCUCCCGCCGCCGCCGAGAACGCCGUGACCGUUGGUGCCAGCACCCUCGCCGACGAGCGUGCCUACUUCUCCAACUUCGGCACUUGCAACGACAUCUUCGCUCCCGGUCUCAACAUCCAGUCCACCUGGAUCGGCAGCAAGUACGCCGUCAACACAAUCUCCGGUACUUCCAUGGCUUCGCCUCACAUCGCUGGUCUCCUCGCCUACCUGCUCUCCCUCCAGCCUUCCAAGGACUCCGCCUACGCCGUGGCCGAAAUCAGCCCUAAGAAGCUCAAGAAGCACCUCAUCUCCUUCGCCACCGAGGGUGUCCUCAGCGAUGUCCCAAGCAACACCAAGAACAUUCUUGCAUGGAACGGUGGUGGUGAGGGCAACUUCUCCGCCAUCGUGGAGAAGGGUGGAUACAAGGGCAAGAAUGAGUCUCCUGCACCAGUUGACCUCAAGGAGGACCUCAAGGAGAAGGCCGGCGACUUCGCUGAUAAGAUUGCUGAGCUCGAGAAGAAGCUUGAGAAAGACGUUCAGGACUUCAUUGGUCAGCUCAAGUCCGAGUAGACAAUCUGCUGAGCUCGAGAUUGGACGGGCAAUACGCCAUCUCCGGCCGGUCAUGAGUCGAUGAACGGCUCUGUCUGAAGCAUGAAGAGGAUUGCAUACUCUGAAGGAUUGAUGAGGAUUGCAUAGACGCAUGAUAGGGAAUCUCAUGUUUACUGGAAGCAAACUGGAUUGCAAGGACUCGGCAGGAGGAAUUAUAGCAUGGCGCCUCUCGACAGCGAGUAGGUGGCUGAAUGUCAUGAAUUGAAAUUGGAAUAACAGAACUUUAUCGAGCAACGUCUUGC